AUGUCUUCCACCCUCUCGUUCCUCGACCAGUUCAACACCCCCUCGACCGAAGGCAGGAAAAGGAUCUCAAUCUACACCCCUAAGCACACCCACGUCAGCAACAGCACCUUGCUGACGCUCCUCCUUAGUAACCUCACCGACAUUUUCAACAAGCUCAAAGCCCACAACCCCAAAGCGACCAAUGCCACCGACCGCGCUGCACUAGAAGCAUAUCUCUCUGCCUGCCGCGACUAUGACGAGGCUGUCAAGGCAGCCGACGAGGCCAUCGACCACCACAAAUGGCUCCUACGCCAGCAGGAUGACUGCUCGCCCACUGCUUUCAACCGCUGCUACCAUGCAACAUUCGGGCACAGCACAGCAAAUUCAUCCCACGAGCCAUCCCCAACAUGUACCUACCUCUACCUGCACCCCUACCGACAUCCACCUUCAGAUGACCCCCGAUCCCGUCCCCUUUUCUCCGGGCCAUCCCGCGAAGCACUACCAUCCCGGCUGACUGGCAACCCAACCCUGGUUGGACCCCGAAGGGAAGCUGCAGGCGAUGCGGAUCGUCUCGACACUGGGUACGGGACUGUCUGGACAUACGAUGCACAGGAUGCGGAAAAGAAGCCCCUGGACACCUGGAGCGGAAGUGCGGAACCAGGCCGAUGA